UGCAAAAUGCAAUGCAUAUAAAUAAUACUAAUAAUUAUGAUGUUAGCUUCAACAAUUUAAAUCUCGAUAUAGAUUCCCCUAAAAAUUCUACAUUUGAUGGAAAUAUUAAAUCGAAGUCCAAAGAUCAAAAUAAUCAAAAAAUUUCAAAUAGUAAGGCAAAUCAUAACGGAAAUUUUCAUAAUUAUUCCAAGUAUGGUGAAUUGAUAUUAAUUGGUUACAAUGGCUCAUUAUCAUCCUCUGCAACAAACUUUGAUCUCUACCCUAACAAUGGCUCUUCAUUCCACCAUCCUUUUCAAAAUAAUGGAGACCGUGGGCGCAAGCGUAGUAGGUUUGAAGUGGCGGGCCAAGACGGUCGGCCUGACGGAGUGGUUUUUGGAACGCGCUUACGUGAUAGUAGUCGUGCACGAGCCUUGCUAGCUCGAACUGAUGCAUAUUCUGUGUCUUACACCUUCGUCGGCCAGGCACCAAAUGGAAAUGAGGAAGGGUCAGACGAUAAAAUGUUAUUGGUGGUAGACGAAUAUCGGCCGGAUCCAUCUCUCGAUAUGUUUCAAAUAGGCCGGUCCCCGGAAAAACCGAUCGAUUUUGUUGUUUUAGAUACCCUUUAUCCUCACAGAUUUUCUCCACAAACACAACAUACAGACCAUCCAAAGAAUAAUUCAUCACACGUAAAUUGUCCAGGGCCACGGCGCUUGCGCAAUGGUGAUCAGAUUAUUUUACCCUCUAGUGCUAUGGCACAGCCUCCAGCUGAAAGCGUCAUUUCUAGGUUCGCGUGUAGGCUUACAGUAGGACGACACCCUCCUAACCCAAUACGGGUUUACGCUGCUGGAUUCGAUUCCGGCCGUAACAUUUUCUUGGGGCCUAAAGCUGUGAAAUGGCGCAAGGGAGACGAUUUAGUAGACGGCUUAACUACCAAUGGCAUCCUUAUAUCUCACGACACUUCAACUUAUCAAACAUCACCAAACUCUAUAGAUGGCGUUAAUAAAGGUAGGGAGUGGUACGAAGUAUCGGUGGAGGGUCGACUUUACUCUUUGAGAUCACCUCAAGCCAUGAACACUUGCGGAAAAUUGAUCGAUUCUCAAACAAAUCUCCUCUCAGACUGGUCCCUCAUAGACAUAUGCGGGGCCACUUUACUAUGGCGAUCUAUCCAAGGUCUAAGUACUUCCCCUAACUCUAAAGACAUAGAAGGAUACGUGGAGAAGCUCAACGCUUGUAAACCUCAAUGUCCUGUAAGGUUAUCCACUCUCAUUGUGCCUAAGAAAAAUUCUCAAAACUAUAACAAAACCCCUUCUAAUCAGCAGAAUAAAACUUCUGAAAAUUGUGCUAACUCGGAUAAUAGAGCUUACGUAUACCUGAAAUGUGGGCACGUCCAAGGUUUACAUCAAUGGGGCAAGCAGGGCGAUCACAACAGGAAAUGUCCUAUAUGCCAAAAAAUAGGUCCCAUUACCGCUCUCUACCCAGGUUACGAAUCGGCGUUUUAUCGAAGCUCCUCCCCUUUGACACACUCUUUUGACCCUUGUGGUCAUUUGACGAACGAAUCAACCGCUAAAUAUUGGUCAGAAAUCAAUAUCCCAUCAGCCGAUUUCAAAAAAGUUUGCCCUUUUUGUGCCACAGAACUAGCUAACCCCGGUUAUAUAAAACUCCAUUUUCAAGGCGAAAAUUGAACAAAUUUUAACGAUUUUCAAGAAUGUUUAAAAUAUGUGAAUUUUAGAGUUAUUUAUGAAACCCAUAUUUGCUUAUGUGACUUUUUUGUUAUCGUUUUUUUUGCAUUUAUUCACAAAAUUAACUCUAAAACUUCAGAAAAAGUCAUAUUUAUGCCACCAAACUAGAUAACCCUUUUUAUAAAAUAAGAUGCUAAUUUUUUGUCAAUUUCUAAGAUAUCCCCCGGUUAAUGUAAAGCCAAUCUCUUUCAAGGUUAAAAAUGCAUUUAAUUUGUGCGAGUGAAUCUUGAGGCUCUGUUGUUUUUGCCUGUAUCAUACAACUGUAUUAACUUUAUCCCAUAGAAUUAGCUAGUGUCGUUAAACGGCUAGUUUUGAGCCGAUUUUAAAAACGGCUAACUCAAAAUUUUACCCAGAAAAAUAUUAAGCAAGCCUGAAGAUUUUGUUCAUGGAAGGCACAAAGGUCUAGGCAUAUAUUAAUCAAAUUUUGAGGUUUAGGCAAUAUUUGUUUUUGCAGAAGUAUUGAGACAGCCGUUUUUAAAAAUCGGCUCAAAAUGAGCCGUUUAACAACACUAGAAUUAGUAAUCCUUAGAUUUUUUUGCCAACCUACUUAUGUUUACUCAUUCUUCCGUUUGGAUAAGUUUUUGAAAUAGAAAAAUUAUUUCUGAAAUACAAACAAUUGCUAUUUUCUGGUCCACCAUUAUUUUUGUAAAAAAAAUAUUGUUUAUUUGAAUUCAUUGAUUAAGAAGUUUUACCAUCUUCAAAUUACAUGACUUUCUUCUGCAACUUAUGGAACUGUUUUCAAUAACAAUUAUUUAUAGCUAUUUACUCUUUCAUAUGACACUCUUAUUAAAUCUGGUUAAAUCAAAGCUUUGAACUGUCAUAUACUAUUUUGUAUUAUUCAUGGCAUUUAAUGUUCCUCAAAUAUUAUUUAUAAUAUAUUAUUCUUGUAUAAUUUUAUAACAAUUAAAGGUAUACGUAAAUUAUAUAUUU